AUGGAUUGCACUUGUGUUGAUUCUGCCAUUGACCAGCUAUCAAGGCUACUGAAAAGACCAUCCUUGACUUUGCUUAUGAAGCAGGAAAUCCGUACCCUUUUACUGGAUUUAAGAUUUCUGCAAAUGUUCUUCAGGUGCUUGGCAAAGUGCAAGGCUGCUGAGGAGGACACCACUUUGCAUCAUUUGAGAUCAUCUCUCCUGAUGAAUGCUGAAGCUAUGACGGAGGAAACAGGACAGGAUCUGUAUGAUGCUGGUUAUUUUGCAUCUAUUGGAAUAGAUGUCAAAGAUUGGAACCUUGUUGCAGCUAAGUUUCAAGAAAAAGUCGAACAUCUCAAGCCAGAAAUCAGUAAAACUUGUAUUCUCUUGGUGGAUUGUUCUUUAGAGCCCAAGACUUCUAACAGUGAUGGUAUGGUGGAAUUCAUGGAUUCUAUCCUGAUGAAUCUGAAGGAUCUUGUCAGCUCCAAUGAAGGGAUUGUUGUUCCUGUGAAAGUGCAAACAGAAGCCCUUCAAGAGAAGCUAAGAUUCUCCAGAAACUUUCUUAACUUCACAGAAAAUCGGUGUGGUAGGCAGGAGCAGGACAAACUGGAAGCUUUCUCAACUGUUCUUCGAGAUUGGGCAAAAAAUGCAGCGUGUCUGUCUCUUCUGUACUGGAUGGAUAGUGUAGAUGAAAACAUGGCAGCUCAUAUCAAUACUAUGCUUCAUAAUAUGCUACAAAAGAUCAUGCCUUACAGCCCGAAGGUUAUAGACAUGUAUCUUGAACUCCUGAAAGCUUGUAAGUCAUCAAAAGCUGAUAAAAGUGUGAUGGGUGAAAUAGUUACAAGCUUUCUCGAUGUUCUUCUAGAAAAUGUAGUGGUUGCUGUGAAGGAUCAUAUUGAAGGUCUACAGGAUGGGCUAGUUCUCUUGAUAACAUUUAUCAUGGAUCCGCCAGAGGAGUUUGGAAGAAAAUCAAGAACUGUAAUCUUUACCCAGAUUUAUGCAGUCAUCAGAGAGAUGGCAUUUUUCAUUUGCUCACUCUGCAGUGACAAAAUGAAUGAUGACACUUUCAGGGAAAGAAAUACUUUGCUUCCUGAUUUACUCAAAAAGAUAAAGGAAGUCGAGGCAGAGGUCAGAGAGCUUAACGGCAAGAAGCCUAGUUCAUGGCAUUUUGAUUUCCCUGUGACGGAUGCAAUUGGAUUCAUUGAUUUCCUAUUGGGGAAUCUGAAUAAAAGUUUGAAAUACAAUGCCAACUUCGUCCCUUUUGCAAAGCAUAAAAUUGUGACUAUUCGUCAUGAACUACUGUUCUUUAGGCCUUUCCUCGAGGAUAUUAUGGAGCUGCAAAAUGAGUCUGUUGAACUAAAAGAUCUAUGGACACGAAUUAUCAAUGUGGCAUACCUGGCAGAACAUGUCAUCAACUCAUGUGCAACUGCUGAUACUCCUAUUUGGAGCAAUAUAAUAUGCCUUUCUGAUGUCACAGAUGAAAUUAAGCAUAUUCAGGCUGAGGUCAUGAAGAUAAAACAGAACCAGCUAUCCAGCAAAAGAAAUCCUAGUAUUCAGAAGAAUUACAGUUUCAGUCGACCACAGCAAGUAUUUCAAGUACUGAUGAAGUUGUAG